CGAAGAAGAAGUCUUUUUAUUCCACAAAAGUUUCUGUGAUGGCUAAUGUUGUGGAGCUGAAAGUGAAUUUGCAUUGCGACGAAUGCAUCAGGAAAAUACUCAAAGCCAUCAAGAAAAUUGAAGAUAUAGAGACAUACGAUGUGGACACACAGCUGAACAAAGUAACAGUCACAGGGAAUGUAACAGAGGAACAAGUGAUUAGGGUUCUUCAAAAGGUGAGGAAAGCUGCUGUUAAAUGGGAUCAAGACAAUCAAACCCUCUUUGCCAACUAGAGUCUUUUUGCUUUCCUCAGAUUUAGCAAUAGUUAGGUCUAUAUGUAUGCUCAAUUGAUCUUAAGCAUCUGCUGUAGAAUUCAUGAGGAUUUCGUAUACACAGACAAUAAAAUGCGAUUUAGACU